UGCAUGACAAUAGCGCUGUGUAACGUCACACGUCAUUUUCAACUUGUGGUGAUAUUUACGAUUUGGUAACACUGCAGAGAUUGAAAAGCCAAGAUAAAACAAACCAGCAGUACCCACAAAAAUGUUUUCAAGACUACUAAGACGCACACUUAUUUCCACAAGAAAUUUCAGCACGAGCAAACACCACAAUUACAAAGUCGCCAUAGCAGGAGCCGCUGGCGGCAUCGGCCAACCACUCUCCCUUCUGCUGAAACAGAGCCCCCUUAUCACAGAACUCUCACUCUACGAUAUCGUCCACACCCCCGGAGUAGCUGCCGAUUUAUCCCACAUCGAAACCACCGCCAAAAUCGCAGGUUUCAUGGGACCCGAAAACCUCAAACAGGCCUUAAAGGGCGCCGACUUAAUCGUAGUGGCCGCCGGCCUACCACGCAAACCUGGAAUGGAUCGAGACGACCUCUUCAAGAGUAAUGCGUGCGUUGUGCGAGAAAUAGCUGAAGUCACCGCUGAAAGCGCCCCCAAGGCUCUACUUGCGAUAAUUACCAAUCCGAUCAACUCAGUCGUAGCUAUCGCAGCUGAAGUACUGAAAAAAGCCGGGAAAUAUGACCCUAAGCGGUUAUUCGGGGUGUCUACACUUGACGUAGUCAGAGCUAACACCUUCGUGGCGGAACUGAAGGGGUUAUGUCCCUUAGAAGUCAAUGUACCUGUUAUUGGGGGGCAUGCGGGAGCUACGAUUAUACCGCUGAUUUCUCAGGCAACGCCUGCUGUCACUUUUCCUCCGGAUCAGCUGCAAGCUUUGAUUAGGAGGAUUCAAGACGCUGGAACUGAAGUGGUGAAGGCGAAGGCUGGAGCGGGUUCGGCUACAUUGUCGACGGCUUACGCAGCGGCAAGGAUGGCGAUUUCGUUGGUAAGGGGGCUAAAUGGGGAACAGAAUAUUGUUGAAUGUGCGUACGUGGAGUCAAGUGUUACGGAAGCCAAGUACUUCUCAACACCUCUGUUGUUGGGUAAGAAUGGAAUAGAGAAGAACUUGGGGUUGGGGAGACUGAGUGAUUUUGAGCAAGAUAUGGUGAAGAAGGCAAUUCCAGUAUUACAGAAAAAUAUUAAAACAGGUGAAGAUUUUGUUAUUAACAAUUAGAUGUAAAAAAAUAGAAGUAUUUUUAUGAUUCCAGUGCAUUUGUCUUGAUUUUGUUUCACGUCUUGUUGUUUUUCAUAAUUAGAAUAAAAAUAAAAAAAAAAAUUAUUGAGAGAGAAUCAAAGAUGCGCCAUUUGUUCUGAUAGCAAUCAAAUUCAGUCUUA